AUGCGCUCCUCUACCGCCGCUAUUGCUCUUGCCUUCGCUGCUUCUGCAGCAGCCGCUCCUCAGGGUGUUGUCUACGUUACCAGCGUCAUCGACCAGACCACUACCUGGUGCCCCGCGGGAACCUAUACUCAUGCUAGCGGCACGACCGUCUUGACUGCUGCGCAAAUGAUGACCCUGCCCGUCUCCUCCGCUGCUGCUAUCCAGACUCCUUCGGUCGCGACCCCUGAAGCUGUUUCUGUCUCUUCGACUCCCAAGGCCACUUCUGUCUCCAGUGUCCCCACCGCUGGCUCGUACGAGUCCGCACCCAUCUCGUCUGCCGUCGCUGUUCCAGCUUCCUCAGUGGCUACUGCCGUCUCAGUCUCAUCUCUUCCUGCCUCGAGUCCCGUCUCACCCGAGGAGACAGCCAGCGUCCCCGUCGUUGUUGAGUCGAGUCCUGCUCCUAUCGCUUCGGUCGGAACUGCCACGCCCAUCGUCCCUGGAUCAGCCUACGCAUCCUCCGCCCCUUACCCCGUGUCAAUGGCCACAGGAGCUGUUGGCUACGCCCAGCCAUCAGGUGUCUCUGGUGGCUCUGGCGCCGCUCAGCCUUCGGGCGUUGCUGGUGCUACUGGCUCAUCAUCAUCUGCUAAGCCUUCCUCGACCUACACCGGUGCCGCUUCUCGCAACAUCGCUGGUGCCACUGGUCUCUUUGCCGUUGCUGCUGCUUUCUUCGCUCUCGUCUAG